AGCCACAAGUUACACGUCUUCUCCUCCUGCUUCUCGCCUCUUCUUCUGGCUGAGCUCAGGACUUUCCUCAGCAACCGCACGCCACCACCCCAAUCAUCCCUACCACAAUUAACACCAUGUCGUCCUCGAGAUCUAGCAAGCUCCCCGAAAAGCAAUCGCGCAACGAAUACAUCCCUCACUUCAUCGCCAAAAAACCCUUCUACAUUGACGAUGACCAAGAAGGCGAUUACCUCGAGCAUCAACGUCUUCAGAAAGCCCAAGAAGCGGACCUCUCCACCGCAAAAUGGUACGACCGCGGACGGAAAACCGGCCCAGCAGCGACGAAAUACCGCAAGGGUGCGUGCGAGAACUGCGGAGCCAUGACCCACAAGCGCGCGGAGUGUCUUUCGCGCCCAAGGAAACUCGGCGCGAAGUGGACGGGGCAGGAUAUCGAGGCAGAUGAGGUCGUUGAGGAUGUGGAUUUGUCGUGGGACGGGAAGCGAGAUCGGUGGAAUGGGUAUGAUCCGAAGGAGCACCGGCGCGUGGUCGAGGAGCAUGCGAGGCUGGAGAUUUUGAGGAAGGAGGCCGCCGGUGAACCGGAAGAGGUCGAUGAAGCAGAUAUGGACAAGUACGCGGAAGAAUCGGAGAUGCCAGGACAAGCGUACGAUGCUGCGAGCAGGAUCUCGACACGAAACCUGCGAAUCCGAGAAGAUACGGCGAAAUACUUGCUCAAUCUCGACCUCGACUCAGCACGAUACGACCCUAAGACUAGGACUAUGGUUGAUAAAGGUGCCACUUCAGAUCGUGCCGCUGCCAUGGUGGCCGAGGAAGACUUUAUCAGAUCUUCGGGCGACGCGGCAGAGUUUGAGCGGUUGCAACGUACGGCAUGGGAGACGCAGGAGCGCGGCGACAAGAACAAGCUGCAUUUACAGGCCAAUCCCACGGAAGCAGAGGCGCUGCGGAAGAAGCUGGAGAGGGAGAAGGCUGAGGCGGCGGAAAAGAAGAGGAAGGAGUUGCUGGCCAAGUACGGUGGAGCCGAGCACCUGAAAAAGAAGCCGGAGAUGGAGGAGGAGGAACGGUACGUCGAGUAUACUGAAUCCGGCGACGUCAAGGGCGUGAAGAAGGUUAAGGCCAAGUCAAAAUACGUCGAAGACAAGUACAACGGGAAUCAUACGAGUGUCUGGGGAAGUUGGUGGGACAACUUCAAGUGGGGAUACGCGUGCUGUCACUCGACCAUCAAGAAGAGUUAUUGUUCUGGACAGGAUGGAAUCGUUGCUGCGGAUAUGGCCAACAAGAUGCGAUUAGGCUUGAUACCGGCAGCGACAAGGGCGCCUGUGGAGGAGGAGGAGCCGAAGAUGAUCAAGCAAAUUGAAGACCGGAAACCACGCGAGGACGAUGCUGAGCCGAGUGGAAGUGGGCUGGCAGCACGAGGCGGCGGAGGGAAGACGGUCGAAGGCGAGGAGAAAGAAGGCAAGCGAAAGCUGGAGCAUAUGUUAGGUGGUGUUACCGAGGACGAUAUGGAGGCGUACCGCAAACAAAAGCGGUUACACGAUGACCCCAUGGCGAGUUUUGUAGAUACUGUUUGAGCGAGGAUGUUCUUGUGUAGUAUUAUAUCUUUUAAUUUCUGUGCCUGCCGAUGUUGAAUCGUACUCAUCCAUUGCUGCA